AUGGCGACGCUAUCGCUGAAGAUCAGCGUUGUUCAAAGCAAUGCAGUAAAAACUAUGCAAUUCGAACCCUCAACUAUUGUUUAUGAUGCUUGUCGUAUGAUUAGAGAGAGGAUUGCUGAAGCACAACAAGGAAAUCCCUCAGAAUUUGGUUUGUUUUUGGCUGAUGAAGAUCCUAAGAAAGGAGUAUGGCUGGAACAAGGAAGAAGCUUAGAGUAUUAUCUCCUCAGAAAUGGAGAUUUGUUGGAAUACAGAAAGAAACAUCGUAUAUUAAAAGUAAGAACAUUGGAUGGAGCUUUAAAAACAUUACAAGUAGAUGACAGCCAUACUGUUGGUGGUUUAAUGGUUACUAUUUGUACCAGAAUGGGUAUAACAAACCAUGAGGAGUAUUCAUUAGUAAGAGAAUUAGCUGAAGAUGAAAAAGAGAAAACUUUAACAUUGAAACGUGACAAAUCUAUUGCUAAAGAUCAGAAGAAACUUGAAGAAAUGAAAAAGAAACUACACACUGAUGACGAUAUGAACUGGUUGGAUCAUUCUAAAACUUUACGAGAACAAGGAAUAGACCAGAAUGAAGUUUUAUUGUUGAGACGAAAGUUUUUCUUCUCUGAUCAAAAUGUAGAUGCUCGAGAUCCUAUUCAGUUGAAUUUACUCUAUGUACAAUCUCGAGAUGCUAUUUUGAAUGGCACUCAUCCUGUAAGUCUUGAAGAAGCUAUAAUGUUUGGUGGUAUUCAGUGUCAAGUACAGUUUGGUGACCAUGUUGAUUCGAAACAUAAAUCAGGAUUUUUAGAUUUGAAAGAAUUUCUUCCUAAAGAAUAUUUAAAAGUGAAAGGAGCUGAAAAGAAGAUAUUUCAGGAACACAAGAAACAUGUUGGAUUAACAGAAAUUGAAGCUAAAGUAAAAUAUACACACCAAUGUCGUUCAUUAAAAACAUAUGGUAUAACAUUCUUUUUGGUCAAGGAAAAACUAAAAGGAAAGAAUAAAUUAGUACCUAGAUUAUUAGGUAUUACUAAAGAAAGUGUUGUUCGUGUUGAUGAAAAAACCAAAGAGAUCAUGAAAACCUGGCCAUUAACUACAGUCAGAAGAUGGGCUGCUUCACCAAACAGUUUUACAUUAGAUUUUGGCGAUUAUUCUGAUACAUAUUAUUCUGUACAAACAACAGAGGGUGAACAAAUUUCUCAACUUAUUGCUGGUUAUAUUGAUAUUAUAUUGGGCAAGAAAAAGGCCAAAGAUCAUCUUGGUAUUGAUGGUGAUGAUAAUUCUAUGAUGUUAGAAGAUAAUGUAGCACCAGCUAAGGCUACCAUUAUCCAACAUAAUACAUCUAAAGUGAGCCACGCUAGUAGUGGUAAUGUGGCUAUACCAGCUGUUAUAAGAGAUGGUGGACAAGGGGAAUCACAGUAUGGUGUUGGUUCCAUGCAAUCAACACAAUAUACACAGGUGUCAAAUCAAGCUAUUAGUGGACAUUCUGCUGCUCACAGAUUGAGUAAAGCCCAGAAAGCAUUAUUGAUUACUAUUGAAGAAGGUUUAUCAUCAGUUAAUGCUGCCCAGUCACAACUUGAACAUCAGGCAGAUUUACCUACCCUUGGUUCUGAUCCUGCAUCCAAGAAAUGGAGAGAAGAUGCAUUAGAUGUAUCAAGACAGAAGGUUGGAAGUCAGUUGUCUGCUAUGAAUGCUGCUACAGCACAGUUAGUUACAUUGACGUCUGGUAAUCAAGAUGAAAUAGAUUAUACUGCUGUUGGUUCAGCUGUCAAUCAAAUUUCAUCCAAUCUAAAUGAGUUUAGUGGUGAUGUGCGUAUGUUAGCCGCUCUACAAGAAGAUAAUGGUAAUAAAUUGAUGAAUGCAGCAAGACGUUUGGCCGGUGCUUUCAGUGAUUUACUACAAGCAGCACAACCUGGCUCUAAAGAGCCAAGAUUGAACCUAUUAGCUGCUGCUGGUAAGAUUGGUGAAGCCAGUCAAGAUGUCAUGGAUAAUGUUGGUGAAACAACAGAAGAUAUGGACAAAGCUUACCAGGAUACUUUGUUAGCUCUUGCUAAAGCUGUUGCUAAUGCUACUGCGGCAUUAGUCCUUAAAGCUAAAACUGUAGCUAAUAAAACAGAAGAUCCAGGUUUACAGAAUAAAGUUAUUAGUUCUGCUACACAAUGUGCUCUAGCUACUUCACAGCUUGUAGCUUGUACAAAGGUUGUAGCACCAACUAUAGGUCAUCCAGCCUGCCAGGAACAGCUUAUUGAAGCUGCCAAACUAGUAGCUAAAUCUGUAGAAGGUAUUGUAGAAGCUGCUCAAGGAGCUUGCAGAGAUGAUUAUGUUUUACAAGAUCUCGGCGGUGCUGCUACACAAGUUACCAAAGCUCUCAAUGACUUGUUGCAACACAUCAAGAAAGCUGCUGGACCUACAAAGGCUACAGAAGUACACGAAGAAGCUGUUGAUCAGAUUAUUACAACCACUGAUAAAUUAUUUAGUAGUGUUGGUGAUGCUCAUGAGAUGGUCAAAAACGCUAGACUUUUGGCUCAGGCUACUUCACAAUUAGUAACUGCUAUUAGAGGUCAAGCUGAAUCUCAUCCUGAUUCUGAUGUACAGAAGAGACUAUUAGCUGCUGCUAAACAAUUAGCUGAUGCCACUGCUAACCUCGUGGAAGCUGCUAAGGGAUGUGCUUCCAGUCCUAAUGACUCCAACCAACAGAUGAUGUUAAGAUCUGCAGCUGAAGAAUUAAGAUCUGCUACCAAUACAGCUGCUAGUAAUGCUUUGAAGAAGAAACUAGUGAAACGUUUAGAGAAUGCUGCACGUCAAGCUGUAUCAGCCUCCACCCAGCUGAUUAAUUCAUCAAAACAAGCUAAUAAAACUAAUCGUAAUGCUGCCUCACAACAACAACUAGCAGCUCAAUGUCAAGUGGUAGAUGAAGAAAUACCUAAUCUGGUACAGAGUAUUAAAGGUGCACAGAGACAUUAUGAUAGUGCUUCAGCACAACUUGGUCUGAUUAACUCUAGUCAGGAAUUCAUACAGCCCUGUAGUAGAUUGAUGGCCCAAGCUAAUUCAGCAGCUCCUACAGUUACAGAUCAGUCCUCUGUUUUAACAUUGAAUAAUAAUAUUAAAGCUAUGGCUACAGCACUAGCUGAACUGAGAACUUCUGCAGCCAAGGCAGCUGAAGCUUGUCAUUCAUUAGAAGUUGACAGUGCUUUAGAUCAACUCCAUGCUUUAGAUAAAGAGUUAGAUGAUGUCCAAAGAUCAGCAGAAAGUGGUAAUUUAUUACCUCUACCAGGAGAGACAGCUGAAAGUGCUGCUUUACAACUUGGUGCUACAUCUAAAACAGUAGCUUCAUCCAUGUCACAACUUCUUACUGCUGCAGCUCAGGGUAAUGAAGAUUAUGUUGGUAUUGCCAGUAGAGAUACAGCUAAUGCUCUUAAAGUUUUAACAUCUGCUGUACGAGGUGUAGCAGCUACUACUAAUGAUCAACAAAUACAACGUAAUAUUAUUGGUAGUGCUCAUGAUGUCAUGGAUAAAUCUAUCAGAUUGUUGGAAGAAGCUAAGUCUGCGUUAGAGAACCCUAAUAGUCCUGAAAAUAGUCAACGUUUAACACAGGUUGCCAAGUCAGUAGCUACAGCUCUCUCUAACUGUAUUAAUUGUUUACCAGGACAGAGAGAUGUUGAUAAUGCUAUACAACAAAUAACAGCUAGCAGUCAAAUGUUAGCUAAUCCAUCGUUCCCUGGUACCAACAAGACCUAUCCUGAAGUACAGACUGAUAUGAAUAAUUCUGCAGUCAAUCUGAAUCAAGCUGCCAGUGAUAUAGUGACAGCAUCUAGAGGAGCCACAAGCCAACUGGCUACAUCUUCUAAUAGAUAUAGUGAAUGUUACCAACAAUUUGUACAUAAUGGUCUGACCAUGGCAGGAUUAACCAAAGAUUAUGAAACACAGAAUCAAAUAGUUGGUGGAUUAAAGAGUGUGUCUAUGGUAUCUAGUAAAUUAUUAUUAGCAGCUAAAUCAGUUUCAGCUGAUCCUAAUGCACCUAAUGCUAAAAAUCUUCUAGCACAAGCUGCCAGAGCUGUAACAGAGAGUAUAAACCACCUAAUUAAUAUCUGUACAGUAUCAGCACCAGGACAGAAAGAAUGUGAUAAUGCUUUACGUCAAAUACAGAUGAUGAGAAAUGUAUUAGAUAAUCCUAAUGAACCAGUCAGUGAUCAGACAUAUUUCGAUUGUUUAGAAAGUGUUAUGGAACGUUCAAAGGCACUUGGUGAUGCUAUGACUGGUAUAUCUAACCAUGCUAAAAGAAAUGAUAUUGAUGAUUUCUGCGACUCUGUUAGAAAUUUCGCUAAUUCUGUUUGUGGCUUAACUGAAGCUUCUGCUCAGGCUGCAUAUCUAGUAGGAAUAGCUGACCCUGCCUCUGAACCAGGUAGACCUGGUAUUGUUGAUCAGUCCCAGUUUUCACGAGCUAAUCAGGCUAUACAGAUGGCUUGUCAAAACCUUACCAAUCCAGCCAGUUCUCAACAACAGGUUUUAUCUGCUGCCACAGUUGUCGCUAAACACACGUCUGCCUUAUGUAAUGCAUGUAGAGUUGCCUCCUCCAAAACCUCCAAUCCAGUCGCGAAACGUCAUUUUGUACAGAGUGCAAAGGAUGUUGCUAACAGCACUGCUAAUCUAGUCAAAGCCAUCAAAGCAUUGGACCAAGAUUUUACAGACCAAAACCGUCAGAAAUGUGCAGAAGCUGCUCGACCUUUAGUUGAAGCAGUAGAAGAAUUAACCACUUUCGCUUCUUCACCAGAAUUUGCCAGUAAACCAGCAAAAAUUAGCCCCAAAGCACGACAAGCACAAGAACCUAUCACCCAUGCUGGUAAAGGAAUGAUUGAUGGUGCUAGUAGUAUGUUACAAGCUGCUAAACAACUAGCUGUUAACCCUAAAGAUCCACCAACAUAUCAAAUGUAUUCACAUCAUUCAAAAUCUGUAUCAGACUCUAUCAAACAAUUAGUUAGUUCUAUCAAGGAAUCUGCACCAGGUCAGAGAGAAUGUGAUGAUGGUAUUGAGAAGAUUAAUCAGGUUAUACGACAAUUAGAUCAAGCUUCAUUAGCUGCUAUCAGUCAGAAUUUAGCUCCACAGAAUGAAAAAUCACUGAAGGCCUUCCAAGAACAAUUGAUAAACAGUGCAAGAGAGAUAUUGGAGAAGAUAGACUUUGUUAGAAAUGCUGCAAAGAGAGAACCUGAAAACCUUGGCCAUCUUAGUACCACAAUAGCCUCAUAUUUUGAACCACUAGCCUACAGUGCAAUAGGAACCGCCUCCAGGAAUUUGAAUUCUAAACAACAAAUGAAUAUAUUAGAUUUAACUAAGACUGUAGCAGAAUCAGCUCUACAAUUUUUAUAUGCUUCUAAAGAAGGCGGUGGUAAUCAAAAGGCAACACAUGCACAUCAACCUAUUGACAAUGCUGCUGAUGAUAUGAAAGAUGUGUUAAUUGAUUUAUUACAAACUAUGGAAGAAGCUGCCUCACAAACUGGGGUUGUUUCCAGCAUGAUUGAUAGUAUAUCAAAAUCUAUUGCCAAGAUUGAUGAGAGAGUUGCAGUAGGAGAGAAAGCAUCCUUUGUUGAUUAUCAAACCGAAAUGGUGAGACUAGCUAAACAAAUAGCUAGAUCUGCACAAGAUAUGACUGGUAAAUCAACUACCGAUGUCAGUGAAUUAGGACAUCUAGCUAAUCAAAUGACAAGAGAUUACAGUCAGUUAGUUAGUAAUUCUAGAGGUGCUGUAUCUUCUACCACUAAUGUUGAUGUAUCUCAUAGAAUUCAAUCAACAGUACAAGACUUAGGUAAAAGUUUAAUAGAGAUUGUACAAGAUGCUGGUAAUUUACAGAUGAACCCAUCAGAUACCUACGCACAGAAAGAUCUAUCAGAUCAUGCUAGAUCGAUCUCAGAAAAGGUGUCAUUUAUUCUGGCUGCCUUACAAGCUGGUUCUCGUGGUACCCAGGCCUGUAUCAAUGCUAGUAGUACUGUUAGUGGUAUUAUUGGUGACUUGGAUACAACUAUUAUGUUUGCUACAGCCGGUACACUCAAUCCUGAAGGAGAUGAAUCUUUUGCUGAUCAUAGAGAGAGUAUAUUAAAGACAGCCAAGGCAUUAGUAGAAGAUACUAAAACAUUAGUAGCUGGUGCUGCUUCUAACCAAGAACAACUAGCAUCUGCUGCCCAACAAGCUGUUAAAACUAUCACUAGACUAGCUGAUGUUGUUAAAUUUGGAGCUGGUUCUCUUGGUUCAGAACAACCUGAAGCUCAGGUGUUAUUGAUAAAUGCAGUCAAGGAUGUGGCGUCUGCCUUAUCUGAUUUGAUUAGUGCAACCAAAAAUGCAUCAGGAAAAGAUGCACAUGAUCCAGCCAUGCACCAUCUCAAAGAUUCAGCUAAGGUUAUGGUAACCAAUGUAACAUCAUUAUUAAAAACUGUUAAAACGGUAGAAGAUGAAGCUGUUCGAGGAACCAGAGCUUUGGAAUCAACUGUAGAGGCUAUCAAUCAAGAAAUCAAGGCGUAUGAUACUACUGAUACCUUUGGUAAGAAAGCAUCUGCUGAAGAUCUGAUCAGAUAUACUAAACCUAUCACAGCAGCAACUGCUAAAGCUGUAGCAGCUGCUAAUAGUAUGAAACAAGAAGAUAUUAUUGCUGCUUCUAAUAUGGGAAGAAAAGCUAUCAUGGAUCUCUUACAUAAUUGUAAAGCGGCUGCAGCUACAGCAGAAACAGCUGAAAUACGCCAGCGAGCUAUCAAUGCUGGUAGAAUGUGUGGUACAGCUUAUAAAGAACUAUUAGAAUAUGUUCACGUGGCACUGGCUAAACCUUCUCAAGAAAGUCGACAGAACCUAUCUAUGGUAUCAAGAAAAGUUGCCAAUGCUGUCACAGAAUUGAUUCAGUCAGCUGAAGCUAUCAAAGGUCAAGAAUGGGUAGAUCCUGAUGAUCCUACAGUUAUAGCUGAAAAUGAAUUGUUGGGUGCUGCUAACUCUAUAGAAGCUGCAGCUAAGAAGUUAGCCAGUUUGAAACCAAGACAAGCUGCUAGACAAGCAGAUGAAAAUUUGAAUUUUGAAGAACAAAUUUUAGAUGCUGCAAAAUGUAUUGCAGCUGCAACAGCUGCUCUUGUCAAGUCUGCUUCUGCUGCACAAAGGGAAUUGGUUGCACAAGGAAAGGUUGGAUCUACGUUCCACCGUCAUACCUUAGAUGAAGAUGGUCAAUGGUCACAAGGUCUAAUCUCAGCUGCAAAAAUGGUAGCAGCAGCUACACAUAGUUUGUGUGAAUCUGCUAAUGCUAUGGUACAAGGUCAUGCUACUGAAGAGAAACUAAUAGCAUCAGCUAAACAGGUAGCUGGUUCUACUGCCCAGUUAUUGAUGGCUUGUAAAGUGAAAGCUGACCCAGGAUCUGUUGCUAUGCAGAGAUUACAGGCUGCUGGUAAUGCUGUUAAAAGAGCAACAGAGGCUUUAGUAAGAUCUGCCCAACAAGCACAAGAUUAUGUUGAUGAUACAAGUGUUACUGUUGAUAAACGUCUAGUUGGUGGUAUUGCUAGGGACAUAAUGGCACAAGAAGAAGUUCUGAGAAAGGAAAAAGAAUUAGCUGAUGCAAGAAAGAAAUUAGCGUUGGUCCGUCGAGAACGAUAUAAAGAUAGACCAGACGAAUAUGAUUCAUCCUCAUCAUUUUAAAAUACUAUUUAUCAUAUCUUCAUUAAUCAUCAUGGUGCCUCAUUAUCACAUGCUUCCUACGCAAUGUCAUAAUAGUAAAAAUCACUGUAGAUAUAAUAUACACGUAGAGCUAUUUACGACAAUAAAAUUAUUUUCAUAUUCUACGUAGACCAAUAGGCAUAGUAGUUCAAAUAAUCAAAUAGCAGUGCUAAUUAUUUUCAUAAUUUUUUUUUGUAUGGAACGAAUUCACUUCCAAAAGAGG